CGUGACGCGAACCGUCAUCAUUGCUCUAGCAAGAUGGCUCGUCGUUGUCCUGUUUGCCGUUCAAAACAAUGGCAUAAGGAACCGUCGAGUGGUCUUAUUGCAUGCAGUGAAGGCCACAUUCUACAAAACUAUAGAAACGAAUCAAGGGAGAUGGAGGACGCCCCUCGGCACCAACUCAAGAAGCGCACCAUUAAGAGGGAUAAGCAUACUUCUACGAAACUCAAAGACUCGAAACUCUUCCAUGGCAAAAAAGGGCGAUUCUUCUAUUUUCAAUGCCUCCAACUAGUCCUUAGGCAUCAAAUUGCCGUCCUGACUGCAGAAUGGACGCUUCCUCUCCAAUUCGAGACCGCAGUUCAGGUCGUAUGCAAAGAUAUAUGGACUCUCCACCUAAGUUUACUCCGAGAUUCAAUCCCCGAAGAAUUUGCUGAAGGCUCGAGUGAAGAAGAAGAGGUCGAUCCAGCGACGACGCAUUCCCAAGAACAGUCUAUCCAGAUGGAGGAAAUACAUGUAAACCCGGAGACAAAACAGUCUUCCAGCGACGAUGACAAUGAUGCCGAAAUUGACCAACUUCUCGCCGAAAAUUCGCAAUCCGAGUCCGAUUCCGAGGGGGAUCCAGAUGUAGUUCCAACGACUACAACAACCUCGAGAUCAAAGGGUCAACGAAAUCGCGGUCGACAUAAACACGACCGAGCGUAUAGUACCCUUGCGAUACUGGUUUUAGCAUGUUGGACGCUACGCAUCCCAAUUCUUUACCGAGACUUGUUAGAUCUAGUUCAGUCUUAUGAGUUACCCUACCUCGAUGUGAUGCGACUCCUGCCUCAAAACAUGGUUUCGCAUCUCACGAAAUAUAACAUUCAAGCGUUAACUCCUCCGAACGCACCCUCUCUUGUUGAUCUCCAUGACCAAGUCUCGUCUCUGGCCCGGCGAAUGCGGGAGACCUAUGGCAUAUUGACCCCAGAGGCUAAUGCGGCGCCGAUACUUUGGCGAGUGGUAUCGCGGUGUUUUGGUGGAAAUCCAACGUUGUACAGGCUUGUCAAGCGACUUGCUGCCAGGCUCUCACUCUCUCUGACUGUCCACCAUUCAUUAGCCCCGCCGUUGCGGCGAGUAAAAGAUUACGAUCCUGAAAGUCACAAGUAUGACAACAUCGCGCCAGAACUCGCAUUCACUGCGACAUGUAUCAUCGUGCUCAAAUUGGUAUACGGACUGGAUGGAAAACGGCGCCUCCCUCUCAACAUCGAGGACCCCGCCUGCGAAAUGCCACGGCUAGAUGAAUACUUGGCUUUCUUCAAACGGCUCGAUGAUGCCGACGGGACAGCUCGCGAUGCGGCCUUCAGUCCCCAUCGAAAGAUGACAAUCGAAGAUCUAGAUGACCAGACGAUGGACGAGUACCUCGUAUUUUGCGAACGAGCGUUGGUUGGAAACGGGAGCGACGAGCUUCUUGAUCGAUAUUUUCCUCUAAACACGGGUCCUCCGGCCACGCGGAAAUACGUAGUGGAUAUUGCUCAUGAGGAAAUGACUGCAACACGGCGACAAACCGCCGAAGAGGGAUUUUUAGAACCCGGCGAGGAAUAUCGACUAGGAGAAGGCGCUGAAGAGGUUGUACUACGUGUAAGUGAGUGGCUUGCUAUCAAGCGCGAGUUGGUCGAGAAUGUUGUGCUUAGUUACGAGCGACGUCUGUGGCGAUUACGCAAACGAUGA